AUGUUGGUACUUUUUGAGACAGCAGCAGGCUAUGCUUUAUUCCAAGUAUUAAAUGAAGGAAAGUUAGAAACACCUGAGGAACUAUGGAAAGCAUUUGAAACACCACAAGAAGCUAGCAAUACAAUUAAGUUAAAGGCCUUCAAGAAAUUUGAAAAUAUGGCGUCUGCUGUAUCUUCAAUAAGUGAUGUAUCAGAAGGAAAAUUAUCAGAUGAUCUAAAUAAUUUUCUAAAAGAAACUAUUGGUGAGACAUCUAUAAGAAAAGAAAAACUUAUUGUAGCAGAUCCAAAACUUGGGUCUACUAUCAAUAAGAAACUCGGUAUUCAAGUACAAUCAGAAAAGAUUGUUAUCGAUUUAUUUAGGGGAAUUCGUCAACAUAUCGACUCAUUAAUUACUGGAAUGGAUCCAGAUGAUAUAUCUUCUAUGGCAUUGGGCCUUUCACAUUCUUUAUCUCGUCACAAACUUAAAUUUUCACCUGAUAAAGUAGAUACUAUGAUUAUUCAAGCAAUAGGGUUACUUGAUGAUUUAGAUAAAGAAUUAAAUACUUAUGCUAUGAGAGUUAAAGAAUGGUAUGGUUGGCAUUUUCCGGAAAUGUCAAAGAUAGUGGUUGAUAAUCUUGCUUAUGCUAAAGUUGUUAAAGCCAUGGGUUUUCGAGUAAAUGCACAAGAAUGUGAUCUUUCUGAUAUACUUCCUGAAGAACUUGAAAACGAAGUUAAAGAAGCUGCGGAGAUAUCUAUGGGAACUGAAAUUUCGGAAGAAGAUAUUAAUAACAUUGUAAUGGGUUGUGAUCAAGUAAUAAGCUUGACAGCUUAUCGUACAGAACUUUACGAAUAUCUAAAAAAUCGUAUGUUGGCGAUUGCUCCAAAUUUAACUACUAUUGUCGGCGAAUUAGUUGGUGCUAGAUUGAUUUCACACGCUGGAAGUUUAUUAAACCUUGCAAAGCAUCCAUCAAGUACUAUUCAGAUUUUAGGUGCUGAAAAGGCUUUAUUUAGAGCUUUAAAGACCAAAAAUGCUACUCCAAAAUAUGGGCUUAUAUAUCAUGCAAGUUUGGUUGGUCAAGCUAGCCCUAAAAACAAAGGAAAGAUUGCGCGUAUAGUUGCAUCAAAAUCAUCUCUGGCUACUCGUUUUGACGCAAUAGCUGAUGAAAAGGAUUUGAUGGCAGAAAUGGGUCAAAAUUGUCGUAAAAUGAUUGAAACUCGAUUAAGAAUUUUAGAAAAAGGGGGUACUAUUAUAACCACUGAUAAACGGAAAAAACAACCCAAGUUUGAACUUAUUUCGUAUCCUGUAGAAGCAGGACCAUCUGGUACGAAAGCAGAAGAAUCAGAGGAAAGUGAUGAUAAAAUGGAUACCGAUUCGGACGAUAGUGAAAGUGAAUCACUAUCUAAAUCCGAAGGAAAGAAACCUGUUAAAAUGCAAAUUGAACCAAUUGCAUCAGAUAAAAAGAAAGAAAAGAAAAGGAAAAAGCCCGAAAAACACGUAUCGGAUGAUGAGGACCUAAGUAAAAAAAUGACGGCAUCAAUAAUUGAGGAAUCGACUCGAGAAAUUGCAACAACUGAGGAGCCAGUUUUUGAUAAAAAGAAAGAAAAGAAAAAGAAAGCACCUAAGGUUGAAGAACAGGCAGAAAAACUUGACAUACCUGAGGAAUCAAAACUGUUAUAA